UGACAAAACGACCAAUUCACCAUCCGACUCGCUCUGACUCGCCACGAUGGAUCCGCGCGCGGUCCGGUCCAGUCCCGUGGGCAAAAGCCUGGUACCCUUGCCGAGGGAAGAAGCAAGACUUGAUCCGUUCUUGGGCUCCACCAUUCGAAAGAGCUUCGGGGCGCAGUGGUACUAUGGCCAGGUCAUCGCCAUUGAUGUCGAUGUGGCCUCGGGCGACCGGGCUUAUCACAUCGCCUACGAGGAUGGAGAUGAAGAACACCUGAAUGCCACAGAGGUGAAGCGCUUUCUAGUCAUCGCCGGGCGCUCGGCUCCGCCCUCCGACGCGGGGGGCUCGCCGCACGGGCGGCGUUCGUCCAUGGCGAGCCAGCGGCCUUCCUUGGCGCGCUCUGAGGCUCCACGCCCCUCGAUGGCUCCCAGCCUCAGCCUUGCGCCAGUCGCAGCCUCGGUCCCCGAAGUCCCAGCGGUCCUGACGCGGGCGACGACUGGCCUCCAUGGGCUCGGCUUUUGGGGCUCCAUGGUCGUGGCUGCGCUGGCUGGUGCUGCGCUAGUCGGCGCUUGGUCCUCCGGGAGCUUCAGCUACCUCAUGGGUGGCAUCGACUUGACCGAUGAGCUGGACUCCAGGGCCUCAGGCUUGGUAGCACCGCUCCCACCCUGGGCGGAAGUGAGUGGCGUGUCCAAGAUGGCUGCGGAGCCUUUCGCGGCGGCGCCUGCCUCCCUGGGCUCGGCGCCCGCCGUGGGCUUGGAGCCGCGGGAGGGCGCCACGGUGGAGCGGCUCGAGGUGGAGGAUGUGAGCGAGGAAGGAAACCCUGAGGAGCCGAAGAGCUGGCCCGAAGAGACAGAGGAGCUGGCUCCACGUGACAGGGAGGUGGAGGCACCGCCGCGGUCUUCUGAGGUGGAAGAGCCGCAGUUUGACCCCUUCGCUGAUGCUGCGAAAAGCCGGGCGUCGCAAGGAGAGAUGGCAGUGCUGGACGAGGACCUUGCUAUGGCCCUGGGUGCGGUGGCCGAGGCCUCCGGCCUGGUCGUGCGUGUGGUGGCCAAGAGCUUCUUCCACAGCCUGGAACAGGCAUGGCAUUCCAUCCUGAGCUGCUUUUCGGCGGGCCUUUCGAGCGCCUUCGCCCGUUCCCAGGCCGAGGUGCCCAGUCCGGAGCCGGUGCCGGAGCCAGAGGAGGCCAGCGCGCUCCAGUCGCUGAUGACGACCAUCCUGGUCGCCUGUGCGGGGGUGGUGACGAUCCUUGUGAGUGUGAACUCCCCCAACUCGAAAGCGGAGCACCUGCGGGAUGUGAUGCAGAUUUCAGAGGCCAUGUUGGAGGCACCCAGAAAACCUGGGAGCGGAAGUUUGUGCGCGCCGUCGCCCAGGCCCAGUCCUGCGGCGCCCUUCCCGUCGCCUGGGGCGGUGCCGUUGACGCAUUUGCAGAAGGCUCAGGUGCGACAGAUCCUGGAGGCCGUGAACUCGCCCGCGCGCGCGAAGUCCACGGGCUGCCGCCCCGAGGCCAUGACAACGCCUCUGAAGCCAGCGAGGACCUUGAUGUCGAUGAUGGGUCGCACCCCGCAGGCUGAACAGCUCGGCCGUGAGCUCGUACCACUCAGUGCCGAGCGUCGCCUACCACCCCCGCCGAUGAGCCUCACCGCUCCGGUGGGCAAUGAGUGCAUGCCUCUGAAGAACCAGGAGGCCUGCUUACGCUGCCAAAGCCUGAUGGCUCCUGAUGCCAACUUCUGCAGACACUGUGGGCAGCAGCGGGGGAAGAAGGUGGCUCAGGUACGCCCACCCUCCCAGCCACAGCAUCAUGCGCGGCCGCGGUCACAGGAGGCUCGUGUGAAGUCGAGCCUUGUGAUGGAGAAGCCCCGAUUCCGCUACGGGGCAGCCUUAAAGAAGUUGAAGGAGAUGGGCUUCAAUGAUAGCUCCGAACUGCGAGAUAUCUUGACGAAGUGCAGUGGUGAUCUGAGCGUGGCCAUUCGCACCAUCAACGGCUCUCCACGGAACCGGCGCGCAUGACUCUCUGCUGGGCUAAAGGGAACGGAGA